CCUGUUCCUGCAGGGCUGCACAGUGGCGGGAAGGGACAACAUUCUACUCGGGUGAGGAGCAGAGCCCUGACAGGUCGCUUGCCCUCUCUGGGUGCACCAAGAGAGAGUAAAUGACUAUGAGUGAAGAUGGCCGGUUUCCUGGACGCUCCCAGUCCCAGAAAGGAAAGGCACUGACCAACUCCCCUGCAGACAGGGUUUUUAAAAUGACGCUGAGGAUGGGAGUGGGGGUGGGGUAGAGAAUGGUCCCUAAGCUCAGUUUGACUGUGCUGGGAGCUGGGUCCAGAUGGCUUAAGUAACAAAUAGUUUAAGAGAGAAAAGCAAGGCUUUAAGGACCAGCUGGGAGUGGUCCCAGACUUUGGGUCAGAUCCAACGCAGUGCUGGCCUAGGACACCCCGCAAAAAGUCCAGAUGAUACUGUGUGUAAGGAACAGGUUUUAGGUGAUGUUUACCCGUGUUGGGUUGAUGUGAAGAGUAACGCUUAGCUCACCCCAAAUGACAACUGCACCCCUUCUGUUGACAUUUAUGCCAGACAGUGGGAUCCCAGGAUGCCCUCAAGGCCUCAUCGGGUUGACCCCGCCCCUUUUCACCUGGGCACGCCCCUGGUGGCGGAGACUUCCGGAUUUCCCUGCCUGCCAGAGCUCCACCCCUCUGGCCUUAUGCCCAGACUCCGCAGUCCGGAGCUGGUAGAACCCGAGCUCAGAGCUUGGAGAGGCUGGCGGAGCAGGAGCUGCGCGGCUGCGGAGUCCUCGUGCCUUGAGGACAGAUGUGCGCCGGCAUAGGGGGUGCACCAACCUGAGCUGGGGUGAAGCUUCUAGAGAGGACAAGCCGGCGACAGCGAGAUGCAGCCGGAGGAGCCCUGCGCCCCGAGCGCGCCCGGCGGUCCUGACGUCCCGGAGAGAGGCCAGCGCUCGCGGGACCCCGGACCGCGCCUGUCGGGCCAGCUACUGCCCGAGCUCUACAGCUUCGUGGCGCGCGUCCUUUUCUACCUGGCACCGGUCUACCUGGCGGGCUACCUGGGGCUCAGCGUCACCUGGCUGCUGCUUGGCGCCCUGCUCUGGAUGUGGUGGCGCCGGAACCGCCGCGGGAAGCUGGGGCGCUUGGAGGCCGCCUUCGAAUUCCUGGAGCACGAGCGCGAGUUCAUCAGCCGUGAGCUGCGGGGCCAGCAUUUGCCAGCCUGGAUACAUUUCCCAGAUGUGGAGCGUGUGGAGUGGGCCAAUAAGAUCAUCAUACAGAUCUGGCCCUACCUAAGCAUGAUCAUGGAGAACAAGAUCCGGGAGAAGCUGGAGCCCAAGAUCCGGGAGAAGAGCAUCCACCUCAGAACCUUCACCUUCACCAAGCUCUACUUUGGGCAGAAGUGUCCCAAGGUGAACGGCGUCAAGGUACACACGGACAAACGCAACCGGAGGAAAGUGACCCUGGACCUGCAGAUCUGCUACAUCGGGGACUGUGAGAUCAGCGUGGAACUUCAGAAGAUCCGGGGCGGUGUGAGCGGCGUCCAGUUGCAGGGGACCCUGCGUGUCAUUCUGGAGCCCCUGCUGGUGGACAAGCCCUUCAUAGGAGCUGUGACAGUGUUCUUCCUUCAAAAGCCGCACCUGCAGAUUAACUGGACAGGCUUGACCAACCUGCUGGACAUGCCGGGGAUCAAUGAGUUAUCAGACAGCCUGCUGGAGGACCUCAUUGCUGCCCACCUGGUGCUGCCCAACCGUGUGACUGUGCCUGUGAAGAAGGGGCUCGAUGUAACCAACCUGCGCGUCCCUCUCCCCUGUGGUGUGAUCCGAGUCCAUUUGCUGGAGGCCAAGAAGCUGGCCCAGAAGGACAACUUCCUAGGGCUCGGAGGCAAGUCAGACCCCUACGCCAAGGUGAGCAUUGGCUUGCAGCAUUGCCGGAGCAGAACCAUCUACAAGAACCUGAACCCCACCUGGAAUGAAGUAUUUGAGUUUAUGGUGUACGAGGUACCUGGGCAGGACCUGGAGGUGGACCUGUAUGAUGAGGAUACUGACAAGGAUGACUUCCUGGGCAGCCUGCAGAUCUGCCUUGGAGAUGUCAUGAAGAACAGAGUGGUGGAUGAGUGGUUUGCCCUGAAUGACACGACCAGUGGGCGGCUGCACCUGCGGCUGGAGUGGCUCUCACUACUCACUGACCAGGAAGCGCUGACGGAGAAUGAUAGUGGCCUCUCCACUGCCAUCCUCGUGGUCUUCUUAGAGAAUGCCUGCAACCUGCCGAGAAACCCUUUUGACUAUCUGAAUGGUGAAUAUCGAGCCAAAAAACUCUCCAGGUUUGUCAAAAAUAAGGCCAGCAGAGACCCUUCUUCAUACGUCAAGCUCACUGUAGGCAAGAAGACCUUUACAAGUAAGACUUGUCCCCACAGCAAGGACCCUGUGUGGAGCCAGGUGUUCUCCUUCUUUGUGCACAGCGUGGCAGCCGAGCAGCUCUGCCUGAAGGUGCUGGACGAUGAGCUAGAGUGUGCUCUGGGAGUGCUGGAGUUCCCCCUGUGCCGGAUCCUCCCCUGUGCUGACCUCACCCUCGAACAGUGCUUCCAGCUGGAUCACUCAGGCCUGGACAGCCUCAUCUCCAUGAGGCUGGUGCUUCGGUUCCUACGUGUGGAGGGACGAGAGCUGGGAAGCCCAUACACUGGACCCGACGCUCUAAAGAAAGGUCCUCUGUUCAUCAAGAAGGUGGCCACCAACCAGGGUUGUAAAGCCCCACCCCUAAACGAAGGCCUUGCAGAUGUGACAAGCACCUCGAACCCUGCCUCUUACAUCAAAGGAGCCUCCAAGAGCAUUGACAAUAUCAGCGCAGCCACCACAGACCCUGAACCUAUGCCUGAGCCCCAGGGGCCAGGCCCGGAGCCCAAAGGCAAGGACAGUGCCAGAGGGCUCUGUGAGUCCCCUGGAAAGAAGAAGAACCCAGCUACCACCUUCCUGACUGUCCCAGGUCUCCACUCUCCAGGGCCCAUCAAGUCACCCAGACCCAUGAGCCGCCCUGCCUUCCCAUUCGCAUGGCCACUCACGAGGGUGGCUCCCAGCAUGUCCUCACUCAACUCCCUGGCCUCUUCCUGCUUUGACCUGACAGAUGUCAGCCUCAACACUGAAGCUGGGGAUUCCAGGCAGGGACGGCUGGGUGAGAUUCAGCUCACAGUGCGCUAUGUGUGUCUCCGACACUGUCUCAGAGUGCUGGUCAACGGCUGCAGAAACUUAACACCAUGCACCAGCAGUGGAGCUGACCCCUACGUCCGCAUCUACCUGCUGCCAGAGAGAAGAUGGGCGAGUCGGAAGAAGACCUCAGUAAAACAGAAGACCCUGGAGCCCCUAUUCGAUGAGACGUUUGAGUUUUUUGUCCCCAUGGGAGAAGUGCAGAAGAGAUCACUGGAUGUCGCAGUGAAAAACAGCAGGCCUCUCGGCUCACACAGAAGGAAGGAGUUGGGGAAAGUGCUGAUUGACUUAUCAAAGCAAGAUCUGAUUAAGGGCUUCUCACAGUGGUAUGAACUGACUGCAGAUGGACAGCCCAGAAGCUGACCAUGAGCUCUGAGCUCCAGUGUUAGAAAGUGUAUAUGUGUAUUUUUGUCAUUUAAAUCAGAACAUCCAUUUGAUGGAAAUAUACACUGUAUGAACUCUUAACUACAUGAUACUACAUGGCUAGUAGAGGAAGGUCAUGUAAAAGCAGGGACUGUUUCUGUUAAUUUGGAUUAAUUCAAAUCCACAGAGAAACUGUGGUAUUUGUAUCUCUAAUGAGGCUCCAAAACCUCAGAGGUGACUUUUCACUUUGUUCACAUCAGUGCCCUGUCCCCAGCACGGGGAUGUGGGGGAGGGAGCCUGUUUAGAGUAACUCCUGGGCAGUUACUGAGCACAGGAGAGCACUCUUGUGGAAAUAAAAAGCAUCCAAAGUCAAAGCCACCCAGAGCUAACCCUGGUUGCUUGUAAGCCUACAUUUGCCCCAGGUUCUGACGUGGAGCUGCAGUGUAUUUUCCUAGGGGCAACAGUGUGAAGAGUUACAUGCUCUGGGAAAGCCUAGGGGACAAACCUCUGGUAUGUGGCAUUAUUUCCAUAGGAAAUUUUGAGCCCAGCCCCAAACCAAGGUCUAUGUCUGAACUCUAGGUUCAGGAGGCUGCAAAACAGUUAAUUCCUAGGAGGAAACGGAGCCUUUAUAUUCUGUUAGGCAAGGGUGAGACGAAGUCCUGCUGUUCGCCCAAAGACAUGUUAAGAGGAAAAUAUGUACAUUAUGUAUUUAAACAAGUGCCUUUUACACAUUUCAGUUUGUAAGACCAGAUAGACUUCUGUUCUGUUUCUAGGGUAAGCCACCCAUUCAGACAAUAAUCCCUGCUAUGUUCCUGUUGUCUUCAAUGAUGCUUUUCCUUUUUAUUUAUUAUUAUUCUGUGUAGGAUGUCACGUGUCACAGCACACGUGGGCAUCAAACACUUUCUGUAGGUUCUGGGCAGGCUUGUGCAACAGAUGACCUUUGCCCUCUGAGCCAGCCAUCCCUGAUGCUCUGUAAAGAAUGCAACAGAGCGGUUAUGGCGGCAAAUGUCUUUAGUCCCAGCCCUGGGAGGCUGAGGCAGGUAGUCUCUGUGAGUUCAGGCCAGACAACACUACAAUGUAUGACUGAGUCUCAACAAAAAUGGCAAUGUUCUGCCUGGGCCUGGUCCCAGAACUUGGGAGGCUGAGGCUGGCCUGCCUUAAUAACACAAUAGUGUUCACUCUGACUUGUAGGUUAUGUGUUAUUUAUUAUAGACUGUAAUAUUCAUAGUUCCAACUCCCCUAUCAAGUGUGAGAUGUGGUUUCUGCUACUGUAUUCUUGCGCAGAUGUGUGUUCAUUCCGCAGCAUCCUGAGGACACAGAACAGUCCAGAUACUGUGCCGUCCUUUCCAAUGGCCAGUCCAUACUGGAAUGGUCUCUUCCUGUGUAGCACCGUCCAUUUUAACAAUUCUCAGUGUAGGCAGGUGGAUCUCUGAGUCCGAGGCCAGCCUGGUCUACAGAGGAACUUCUGGGACAGGCUACAUAGAGAAACCCUGUUUCCAAAACAAAAACAAAAACAAAAAACAAUUCUUAGUGUUGUAACAUUAGUUUUUUAAUGUUUACAAGCUCUGUACUUGGUUACAUACUAAGCAACUACACUACUUUGAUAAAUGUUUUAGACUAUAUCCCAAUUGAACCACAGACUACUUGAUGCAUAAUAAAAGUUUUGUAAAUAUUUCUA